CAUUUAUUUUCAUUGGUAGCGCGGCCACUAGAGUAUCUGGUCAAUAUAAUGGAGAAUCUGUGAUGAAGUUAAUUUUUCACAGUUGGUGAUGGCGGGUGUUGUCGAAAUCGACACCAUGAAGAAUUACCACAUAGCCUUUGAGAGAAUAGACCCCGAUACGAGUCGUUACCCCUACUGUAUUGUGUGGACACCUAUCCCCGUGCUAUCAUGGCUGCUACCAUUCAUUGGACACAUGGGAAUCUGCACCUCUUCAGGUAUCAUCCGUGACUUUGCUGGGCCCUACUUUGUCUCUGAAGACAACAUGGCCUUCGGGAGACCAACAAAGUACUGGAUGCUGGACGUAGCCAAGGUGUAUGCUAGUGGCUCCAACGCCUGGGACACAGCAGUGCAUGACGCCUCAGAAGAGUACAAAAACAGAAUGCACAACCUCUGCUGUGACAACUGUCACUCCCAUGUGGCCAUGGCUCUGAACCUGAUGCGCUAUGAGAACAAGACCUCGUGGAACAUGAUCAACCUCUGUCUGCUCUCCCUAGUCCACGGAAAACACGUCAGCUGUGCAGGGUUCUUGAAGACCUGGCUUCCCUUCCUCAUGUUGCUGGGUAUUAUCCUGACUGUGGCUCUAACCAUUAACCUGCGGUGACCAGCCAACCAGGUGGGAGGACACAGCUUACAGGGUGGUAAGGGGGAGGGACUCCUUGCAGGAGGGGGAUGAGGGAGAUGGGGGUUGAGUGAGGUGAGAUCACACACGAGGAGGGGGGACCCCUGCAGGUUGGAAGUUGAGGUGGGAGGUGUCACUCAACACCUACUCUGCUUGUGAGGAUCGAGCGGGGGAAAAAGACAUGGAACUGUGACAUCCCAGCAACAAACAAACCAAUGAGAGAAGGGCAAUAACAUCCUCCUCUCGACUUAACACAAAGCCUGCUUGUUUCUAGGACCAGGCAACCUAGCUUUCAAUGGUGGCGGAUGGCAAUUUAGAUUUUUGUUUAUUUUGGCAUUGAGGUUAAUUGUUCUUGAUGGACGGUAGCUUACUUAUAAAUGUUUUAAUCCCCCUCCACACACAUCCCAACCCCAUGCAAUUUAAUGCAGUUUUCAAAUGUUUUGAUAUUCAAUUAAGUCUUACUAUGGGGUGUAUAGACCCUCAUCAUUUCUAGGUAAUGGAUGAUGUUGCAAGUUCUGUAGACUAGAGGAGCGAUGGUAGUGGUGAAGGGGGCAGGGGUUGUUGUUUCUUUCAGGGGUAGUUCUUUCUUUCAGGGGUAGUAGUCUUGUCUUCCACAGCGACAGCAGUAUCCAUCUCUUUCUCUCUCUGCCAUGCUGAAACAAACACCCACCAUCCAUCUAAUGACAUGGGACUGAUGAUGACUGUGCUUCCCAUACUCCAUCUUGAUGAUUGGAACAGAAAACAUGACAUUUCCCUUUUAAUGCCUUUAAAGGAAUGUGUUAUUGUGUUGACAUUUUAUACUUGUAUUGAUACAGUUCCUAUUUCUGCAACUUUUAAUAGCCUGUGAUUCACCAAGAGUGAUUUUUUGUUACAAUUAUUUGAAUCUACUACAUUGGAGUGUAUCCAGGAUAAUAAUUCUCAAAACUCUGCUCUAAACAAGUGAUGCUUCAUAUGUUGUAUAAUAUCUAUGAGUCUAAUUUAACUGCUUGCAUCUGCAUUUUAUUAAAAUAUUUAUAUUUUUCUUAGAACUCGAUUGACAAUUAUGUUUAGACCUGUUUUAAUGAUGGCUCUUUUUGAAAUGGGAUUAUAUAUUUCAGAUCUCAUUAAGUGUGUUGGAUUAUUUGGAUGCUUCCUACAGUUGCCAUGGUAACCUCUGGAACCCUGGACUCAUAACUCUGGACUGCUGAUGGGAAUGAAAUGCAUGAUGUUCUGGAAUGCUGCAGAGUUAAUUUGUGUUCUAGAAUGUGAGCGUGCCAAAUGUAGAGCUUCCCGGUCCCUACAGGAGAGGGAUCACCGCUUUCUGAUCUGUUCCACGCGCAAACUUUAACCCCAAUGUGCCCCAGAAGAAAGAAGCACCUCUGAAACCUGGCUCGGCCUGAUUUGACAAAUUGAAAGUAAUUCAUAUAGUUGGUGCCUGGAAAAACAUGGGUCUUCCUGGAUAACAUGUAUGUGCAUGAAUGGCUCAAUUUAUUUCAAACUUCAUUUUUAGACCGUACCAUCGAUAUUGAUUUUGUAUGUAGUAGCCUACUUUCAAACACUGGCUAAUCCUAGAUCAGGGGUUCCCAAACUUGGUCCCGGGGCCUCCCCUGGAUGCACGUUUUGGUUUUUGCCCGAGCACUAAACAGAUGAUUCAAAUAACCAACAGAAUCAUCAAGCGUUGAUUAUUUAAAUCAGCUGUUUAGUGCUAGGGCAAAAACCAAAACGUGCACCCAUGGGGGGCCUCUGCACCGCGUUUGGGAAACCCUGUCCUAGAUGAUGGUUGGCUCACAAAAUCCAAUGACAUGGCUUUCUUCUGCGGUGGCAGGUUCAAAUCCCCUCAUUGUUUGAGUGAAAGCCUUGAGCCUUUUCUCUUUAUCUGUGGAGCUGCCAGAAGCAGCAGGUAGCCUGCUGGCUCCUCCAGGUUUACACACCCUUGUCACACUACCGAGCUGGACUGAACCGAUGUACUGAGCUGGCCUGGUUACGCAUCCAGCAUAACGUGUAACCGUGCUGACUAAAAAUUACUGUGCCAGAACAGUUUGGUUCGUUUUGGGUUGGGUUGGCACAUUCGUGUUAGAAGCAUACAAGUCUUUGGCUUAAUAUCCUGUGGUCUCCUCCUGUGCCAGAGAACGUUUCACUCCUGUCUCAGAUGAGAUUAGGACAUAGUGAAAUGCCAAUGCAUCUCUAUGCAGCCCUUUUCACAUUCCUGCUUCUUUCUCUCUAGUUGGACUUUAUUAUUUGAAAUUCCAGUAAAUGUGAUAUGUCAAUCUACUACUGCAAUAACCCCAAAUUGUAUGUAGAAAAACAAACAGAAAACCAUGUUUAGAUUUGUAUAGGAAGUCUUUAAAGAUCCUUUUGUUUUCCAUUACUUUCACAGUCAAUGCAGUUUUACACUACUUCUGUAGCUGUUGGUGAUUUUAUGCGAGAUGCCAAUUGUUUCCAGGGUAUUGACAUUCCUUUGGUGUGCUUAUGGCGUCUUUCAUCUUUCUUUUUCCUUUCAUGUUCAUGUGUAAAUAUUAGACCAAGUGCUUUUAUCUUAAGAUACUUGAUGAUAAAUCACACCUGUUUUUAAUGUUCUGUUUUAAUUUAUAUUGUAAAUGAACUAUCCUCCUUAAUUCCCUUCAUUUUCUACAUACAAUACCAUAUGAUACAAUAUCAAAACUCAUCACUGUUCUGCAAUGAAGCAAUUUUGUGCCUGAAUGCAUGAGUGAGUGUGUGUCAAAAGAAGCGUGUGGGCGUGUACAUGCAUGACGGCCGGUUGUGCAUGUCCUGGCUGCGUGUUCUAUGUCUUUGUGGACACAACUAUUUUCUUGAAUCCUGUGGCUUUUUGGGAAAUUGACGAUAACUGCAUAUGAUAUUAGAUGGCUGCAUAUAACUUCCUUUAUAUACACUUAUUUAUUACCCAAAUUGUUAUCUAAAAUGAUGUAAAUGGAUAAAGGUGUAUAUAGUACAUAAUAGACUAGACUGUAAUAUACCUUUUUUAAAUGAUCCAUAGUUGACCCAAGUUUCCCAGUCUUGAUAUUGUGUCUACACUUAGACAAAAGGGUUCCAAAAGGAUGCUUCAGCUGUCCCCAUAGGAGAACCCUUUUUGGUUCGGCAUAGAACCCUCUGUGGAAAGGGUUCUACAUGGAACCAAAAAUGGUUCUUCAAAGAGUUCUCCUAUUGACAUAAGGUCUUGAGGGAAUCUUAUUUGAGUCCGAUAAGGAUGUUCAUAUGAUAGGCUCUCUGCAAGGUAUUGUAUAGUUUACCUAUCCAACUGACAAUCUCUUAGGAAAAAAUAUAAAUGAUCAGAACCAAGACUUAAAAAUAACUGAUAUUGGCACAAGGUGGAGGGAAUGUUGGAUCAUAAGGUUACAGUUAACUAAAAUGAACGUAUGCAUAGAAUUUAUUAUACAAGAGACAACAUUCACAAAUUCUACAGCACAAUGGCAAGAGUCAUGUCUGAAGUGUAAAACUAAUAAUGACUCAAUAAUCCAUGCCUUCUGGGAAUGUUAAAGUCAGAAAGUUAUAGGCAGAGUUAAAGUUGGCUGUCAGAAGUAUUACAGUGUAAAUGUACUUUUAAUCUGUCUCUCUGUAUACUUUAAGACAUGGCAUACUGUAUGAGGGUGCAGUGAGAGACCCAAUGUGUUGGACCAUACUUUUCUCGCCAAUCAUCUUUUUAAAAAUUAUACUUAGACUGGAAAUCGACCAAUACUCUGUAAUUUAUGCAAUGGAAAGUUCAAAUGCUUUAUCUAAAUGUUGAAAGUGCGUGGGCUACAGAGAAACAAAAUGGUGCCGUUUGAGGCCAUGUGGGCACUGGAGAUGGGUGUUUGUGCUAGUGGUUCUGGGCAGGUGUGAUGUAAUUGAUGUUUGUAUGAUUAUGUUUUGUGUUUGUAAAUUGUUCUAAAAAUAAUAAUAAUUAAGUUCUCCAGUGGGGACAGCAGUAGAACCCUUUUAGGUUCUACAGUAGCUCUUUUUUUCGAAGAGUCGUUGAGUGAUGAGCAUCACCUGAGAUGCAGUAGAAUAGAUCUGCUCAGUUUUAACAAACCGACUGGGGCUUGAAAAGAGUGCUUAAGUACCAAAAGUGGUCCCUGUUUUUUGUGUACCGUCAUCAAAUUGUGUACAAUGUCAUCCAUUUUGUAUGAUACACUAUAAAGAGUGCAUUCUGAAAGUA